AAGUUUCUUACAAACUUUAUAAUAAUCUCAUUCUAUAGUUAAAUGCUUGAUUUCAUUGCAUGAAGAAUUAAUCUAUUCAAGCUUUCAUCUAUAUUAGGACAUAGAAAACUAGAAUAAAUCAAUCCUAAAGAUGAUAUAACUAACUUCGAAAACUUAACUUUUAUGAUUAUUUUUAUUCUUAAAUCAAUUUUAUAAGUACUAACUACAAAAAUCUUUUCUUCUUUUUUUUUUCAUAGCUAUGUAUCUAUUAAAUAAUUCAUUUAUUUUCUAGCUUGAAUCAUGUCAAGAUCGUUUAAUUGAACUUGAAAAAAUUCUUGAAAAUCCAAAUGAUCCAACACGAGUUCGUUUUCUUGAUGGUACUGAUGAAACACCUGAAAUAAUUAUGAAAAAACUUGAACAACUUGAACAACGUUUAUCAACUAAAGAAGAACAAUCACUUGAAAAAGAUCUUAUUCUUGAACAAGUUAAUCGUUUAAUUGAACGUUUAUCAACAAAAGCUGAUGCUGGAAAAGAUGAUACAUUAGCAUUAGCAAAAAAAGUUAAUGAUUUACAAAAUAAAAUAAAAGAUAUAACACGUAAAAUGAUGGCAACUUUAUCAGAAUUAACAAUUCAUCAAGCAGAUGCAUUAAAACUUCAACAAGAAAAAAAUAUGAAAGAUGUUGAAUUACAACAAUCCUAUGCACGAAUGGAACAAGGAGAGCCUCCAAGUGAAGAACUUGAACGUGAUUGGCAACGUACGAAUGAACUUGAACAAAAACGUAAAACUGAACGAAGAACUCGAGAAGAAAGAGAACGUGAAACUGAACACUUCUUAUUACCAGGCGGCGUAAUUACACAAGCUGAACCACGUCCACAAGCUUAUGCUCCAAGUGACGAUGCAGAUAUUCAAGUAGCAAGACCGUAUGGUUCACAUGCACCAUUUAAACCGAGUGAACCCGGUGCUAAUAUGCGUCAUAUUCGAAAACCGAAUCCAAAACCGAUUGAAAUUUAA